UGGGGAUGAAUAAAUAGAAACGGUAUCGUUGCUCUUAUAAGAGAAGCGAUCGGCUUAGAGAAACGUUUAGUCAAGGCUGGGUGCUCUGUCAUGCUCGCUGAGUUACGUUCGCCUGUUCAACAUGAUCGGAGUGCGAAAAAAGCUAGUUAUAUUCAGCGUGACGGCGGUCGUACUUGUGACCGUUUUCGUGGCAUUAAUUGUAGUCUUCACGCUCAAUUCAGACGUUACAUGUGGUGUAAAGUACAUCAGUUCUUCUAAACUGGGUCGGUAUGCGAAGGGUGCCGUGUCGACAAACGGUCAAGAAUGUUCAAAAAUUGGUGCCGAUAUCUUAUCUAGAAAUGGUUCGGCAGUGGAUGCGGCGAUAGCGGCACUUCUUUGCGAAGGCGUCGCAUCCUUGCACAGCAUGGGACUGGGCGGUGGAUUUCUUAUGACGAUAUGGGACGCAAAGAGCAAAACGGCGGAUUAUCUGGACGCGAGGGAGACCGCCCCGAUGGCUGCGACAGAGGACAUGUUCGAUGGCAAUGCUAAGUUAGCUAUGUAUGGUGGUCUGGCAGUCGCUGUUCCCGGUGAGCUUAUGGGCUAUUGGGAAGCGUAUAAAAAAUACGGGAAAUUGCCAUGGUCUGAGUUAUUCGAGCCCACCAUUAAAUUGUGCGAAACUGGAUCGCGCGUCAAUGAUUAUCUCGCCGCGUAUCUGGCCAACAAGGAGCCUAUGAUAAAGAACGAGAGCAGUUUGGCUGAAAUACUCAUAAAUCCCGACACCGGUAAACCGUGGAUCGCGGGAGACCGAAUAAAAAGACCCAAACUGGCGAGGACGUUGAAGCUGAUAGCGGAAAAGGGCCCCGACGUAUUUUAUAAUGGCAAUAUUACAGACAAAUUGGUCGAGGAGAUAACAAAGUUUAAAGGAAUAAUCACGAGACGAGAUUUUCAAGAAUACAGGGCCAUAUGGAAAAAGCCGAUCGCAUUGAAAAUGGGAAACCUGACAAUUUACAGUGCCCCGCCGCCGGGCUCGGGCGCAAUUCUGAUAUUCAUAAUGAAUGUCUUUCGUCGUUUGCUACCGGUCCGCAAUGAGUAUGAAAUGUGGCAACGUAUAGUGGAAACCUUCAAGUGGGCUUACGCAAGAAGAACAGAGCUGGGGGACCCUGAUUUUGUUGAGGGCAUAGACACGCUGCUCACCAAUUUAACGUCCAAUGAUUACGCGGAAAUGAUAAAGGAGAGGAUUAAGGAUGAUAGCACGAGCCAAGAUCCAGCGGUAUACGGCGCCGUCACCGCAACAAUUGAGGAUGCGGGGACCUCGCACGUUUCCGUCCUCGCUCCCGACGGUUCCGCCGUUUCCGCCACAUCGACCAUCAAUCAGGUGUUGGGCGCGAUGAUACGCUCUGAGUCCACUGGUAUAAUAUUUAACGACGAGAUGGACGACUUCAGCUCACCCAACAUCACCAACGGCUUCGGGCUGCCGCCGUCACCGGCGAACUUUAUUCGGCCCGGCAAACGGCCAUUGAGUUCGAUGAACCCGACAAUAGUGGUUGAUCACAAGAACGAUGUGAGAUUAGUGAUUGGUGCAGCCGGUGGUUCGAAGAUCACGAGCGGCGUGGCGGUUGGGAUGGUCUUGAAUCUUUGGUUCGGUUACGAUAUAAAGGAAGCGAUUGAUGCACGCAGACUUCAUCAUCAACUGCUGCCGAUGAAUAUCCAGAACGAGAAAAAUUUUUGUCAAGUCACGUUAGAUUACUUGAAUAAAAUCGGGCACAACGUCGCUACUUUCAGUGGAAUUGGAAGCGCGAUUACGGCUAUAUCCAAGGAAAACGGACUUAUAACAGCGAACUCAGACUAUCGCCGACAAGGAACAACGGCGGGACUGUAAAAAUCUAUAAGAAUAAAAGUAUAGAAUCCCACAUGGAUGACCUUGUAACAUAAGGAUGUAAUAUUAAUUCCUCUUUGCGCUAUCGUAGGUUUUUUCUUUAAAUUGUAAUAACGAUUGUGAUCAUCACGGCACAUAGUUACUAAUUAUUGCUCUCUACGCGGCAUAAAAUGUGCUUAUCACAUCCUAUUUUAAAAAAUGCAGCAGUGCAAAGUGAUUCUUAAAGUUACAAAGUCGUCUGCAUAUGAAUGAUAUAUGAUUAGAUAAUUUUUGUGAAAAUACUAAAUUUUUAUUUUUAAUAUUAUAAUUUAACAAGAUAAUUUAUAUAUUUCAAAAUUAAAUCGUUUGCAUGAUAUAUAUCGUGUCGACUCAAAAUGUAAAUAUACUGUGAUGACCAAAUCAAUAUAAUAUCCUAUUAUUUACUCAGCUGUAAAUACUUAAAAACUGUAUAAUUGCCUGUAUUAAUAAUAUUUAUUUUAUCAUGAUUUAUUGAUCAUCGCAUCUCUGUAUAUAAUCCAUAAUACUUUAUACAUGAUUUAAAUAUACGAAAAUGAAAAUGUC